UUAUUAAUAUUAAACUCAUCGUAGAAGUAUGGCAUCGGCAGUUUCGGCUAAAAUUCACAGAUGUGGUGGUGGAUAUGGUGUUGAGCAAACAAAUCAAGACGAACAUCAUCUACGCAAUCAUCCUGCUGCAUCACCCUCCCAAAGAAACUUUCGCAAAUCAAGUUUAAAAUCACAAAAGGCUACAAGAAGAAUCCUAGACGGCCCCUCCAUGCCAAGUGGAAGGGAUCCGCCUCCAUCAUUCUCCACUGGACACGUAAGAUACAACACCCCCGAAGAGAACCUUCCCACCAUCCUUAUCACAGCUGAAGAUCUACACUUGAACUUCCCAACGAACGACAUGUCAGCAUCUCCGUCACCACCAAAGUCUCCACGACAGGAGGGGGUUGUAUCUCCUGCUGCUCGUCCUAAGACGGCCUCAUCAGGUCGGGCCUCGUCGGGCCGCUCAUCACGGCGCGCUCACAGUGCCAAACAAUCCAAGCGGCCUGCUUCCUCCAGGAGCCCUGGACGCUCAAAGGAAAGAGGAGGCCAAGGGGACAGAAAAGGGUCCCGUGAGAGGAGAGGAAAACCAAUUCCUGCCUGGUCUGUUACUGAGUUACUCGAUGAUGACUCUACGACCAUGGGUGGUUCAGAGACUCACAGCGAGUAUGAGAUGUCUUUGUCCUCAGUGCAAACCCCUACAGAUGAGCAGAUUGUGGAGGACUUAGAAGACUCAUUCUCAGAGUCGGACAGUCUCCGUUCUGACGAUCCAAUCAGACGUCUUAUUGAGGGACCACCUGUUGAUGAAGCUGAGUAUGACACAGAUCUUGAGGGAGAAUUUGCUCCAGACAAAGAAAUGACCUAUGAUUCUGCUGGAAAGAAUAUUUACUUGAUGGAGUGUAAACAAGAAGGCGUAGAGCCGGCUUGUUAUGUAGUGAGACACCUCCAUGAGACGACGUUUAGAAUGAGACAUCGUUACCUGAGCAUGCGGACACUCAUUCCACUCGCAAAGGCCUUUAGGAGCAACACAUGCACAGAAACACUUGAUCUCCGUGACAACCAAAUGGAAGGGGAAGGAGGUGCAAUAAUCGCUUACAUGAUGAGAGACAAUUGCUACAUUACUAAGCUGGAUGUUUCCGAGAACCAGAUUCGUUCCAAAGGGGCGUCUGGUUUUGGCUCCAUGCUUGGAACAAAUUACUCUCUCAAGUCACUCUGCCUCAGUGCAAAUCAUCUAUCAGACAAAGCUGCAUCCCUUUUGGCCGAAGGGCUGAAGAACAAUUGUACAUUGACCCACAUUGACCUUAGUCAUAAUGACAUGGGGGAGUUAGCUGGGAUUCAUCUAGGCUCAGCACUGAUUGAAAACACCGCAUUAUUGUACUUGGAUCUGAAGUGGAAUGGAGUCAGAGGAAAGGGUAUUAUAGCUCUUGCUAAUUCUUUCAAGGUGAACACUUCACUUGAAGUGCUAGAUCUGUCUCAGAAUGGUGUCUGUCUAGCAGGGUGUACAGCAUUACAAACAGCACUAAAGGUCAACACGGGACUCAGGAUACUAGACUUGAGCUCUAAUCACAUCAACACACCUGGAGUUAAGAAACUCGCACUCGGACUCAAGAAGAACACAACCCUGGAAGCUUUACUACUUGGCGGCAACCCCAUGGGGGAUGAAGGAGUUCUAGCCCUGAUGAAAGCUUGCCCCUUCAGCACCAACCUCAAACUUCUAAGUCUACAGGAAAUCACCCUGACACUUGUCGUGCAUCGGAAGAUACAAGAAAUAAUUGAUGCAUGUAAUUUAUGCGUCCUCUCUAGAGAUUACAGUGGUCACAGGAGAACAGUGGCACCAAGUCAUCUGGUUGCCAUGGUAGAUCGUUUCAUUCUCGAUCAUCAAACCAAGAUCUUGUAUAAUUGUUUCGGCAUCGAUGAGCAGAGUACGUGUUGUUUUUCUUCCAGUGAUCUCAUGAAAGUCUUGAUCAGAUCUGGUCUAGACUUGAGCCUUGAACAAAUUGAUUCUGCUCUUCAACAAGUAGGAGUUUUACAAUCAGAUAAAAUACUCUACAGGCCUUUACUUGAUGGUUUGUCAGCUCUGAAGAAAAAUCCAAGACCAUCGUCAGCUGAGGGUACAAGCUAAUAGCACCAGCCAUGUUCAUCAUCUCAUUGGUGAGAGUAGAAAGAGUCGAGUAAAGCCCAUAAAAUAAAGCCCAGUUAAAGCCCAGUUUGGAGCAUGUGCACCCGCCCCUUUAAGCGAGCCACUGGCCAUAGCUAAGUUUUUAUUUCACGACCACUGCUUUUACCCAGGGGUUGGAUGAUGGUGUGAACAUUCCUGAAAAUGGCUUACGGUAAUUGGUUCACUUUAUUCUAAACCCAGUACCUCCCUAAGUUACAAUUGAGGAUGUUUACAUAUUCUGUGCAUCACCAGAAAAUACACAACUACAUGCUUUGACAAAAAGUGGACUAAUAAAUCUGUCCUCCUUCAGUGACUGCUUAACUUCCUUCAAGAAAAUAUAAAAGCUCAAUGAGAUUUUGGAAAAUCUGAUAACCAAAGAAGGAACCUGAGAAAUCACAUGCCUGUUUACCAUUAGCAAAGCAAAAGGCAUGCUAACUUGCUGGUGGUGGUUAUUGUAAGCAAAUGAGUGAUGCAACAAUGCAAAUCCAUUGUGAACGCUAACACUUUCUGUCAAAUCUUCUUUUAUCGAUUAUGAAAUACACCUAUCUUAUGCACAAUUUUUUUUUAUAUAUUACAAAUAUACAAGUCUGCUUAGCCAACUUUAUGGAAUUUGGUCCUGGUCAUAAAGGAUGUAUAUUUAUCAAAGUUUUACAAACUCAAAGUUAUAAAAGUUCUUUAAAAGUUUAUAAUACUAUGCAAGCAUUCCAGGUUGUCUUCUAGUCUUAUUUUCAUUGACGCAAGCUAAAAGAUUAAAAUAGUUUCUCUGCAAACUCAAAGUAAUUCUCUUAUAAACAUUUAUGAUUAUAUAUUUGGUUUGUGGUAACACCAUGUGUGUGUCUACUUACCAGGUAGAGUUUGUUCUUUAGGAUUGUGAUUAUUAUGGAAAUCGGAUUCAAGUAAUAAUUUUUGAACUAAUCAAAAUACAGCUCUCAAUUUUUCCGACGCAAGAACUAUAUGAAGUUUUAAGAAAACAGUUGUAUUUUUAUACUUCAGAUGCAGUCAUUUCUUUAGGAAUUCUUCUUUAAAUCCAUAUUGUCUAUGCAGACCUCACCAUUGAGUGACCCUCUGGUGUUGUGUUCAUUGUUUUGUCUUGAUUAAAAAUAUCAUAAAAUCACAUUGACCUAAACUUGGUCAAAAGUGAAUUCCUCAGCCUAAAAACUAAUUACAUUGUUGGUCAUAAAUAUUGUUUUGUUUUGCCAUGAAACUUUAUCCUUGCAUUUCUGAAAGACUAUAUUUUAUUUUUCUUUAUUUGUGAAAUGUGUUUAUUUUGCGUGUGUGUUUUUAUUGUAUAAAUUGAUUGCCGUUGUUGUGCCCAAACUGAAACCUUUAAAACAUCCAUCCAUUCUAUAUUUUUUUUCUUUCAGUUUUAUGUUUAUUUAUACUCUCCAGAAGAAGUUUUAUGAUUUAAUUUUUGUUUAAAGAAUUUGUUUUAUAUGAUGCGCUCCACAUUACUAUAUAAAAUUUGUGUCAAAACGUUCCAAAAAAUGUCCGUAUCCUGCCACCACUUUUUCAUUUGUUAUGAAAUAAAUUAGUAUCUAAUUUACUAGAUAUUUCUCUGGGUAAAAAUGAGUGAAAAAAUUGUGGCAGGAUAUUGAAAUCAUUCCAAGCGUCCCAUCAUGCCACCUAAAGUCUAAGACAAUGUCCAGGUCGCAGCACACCCUUACGCCAAAAGUUAUUUAUAUAUUUCUUACUUUUAAAAAAAGUUUGCAGUGAUGUUGUUGUUUCUUUAAUAAAUAAAAUCACUUCAAGAAGGUGUGUAUUAAUGUGAAUCCUAA